AUGGAUUUUAUGUUCCAAGAGGAUACUGAGAACUUUGAUUUAAAUAAGACUCUUCAUGAAUUUUUUUGCUAUGUUUUCAGUACAAAUUGCCAUAUCGAUGAAGCAAGUGUGACGUCUGAAGAGAUGAGGACGCUAGAAGAGCUGGAUUCUUUGGAGGUCUUUGAAAAUUUGAAAGAAAUUGUCUUAACAACUUGUCAGCGAUAAAAUUUAAAAAAAUAAUCAAAAUUAAUCUAUUUAUGUUUAGAGUGAAAAUUUUAAAAUUCAAUAUAUUUGUUAGAGAUUUCAUUAUACUAAUUGAAAAUGUUUUUUAUAUUAUUGUACAAAAUUAUGGUGGAUCAAAGAAAGAGUGGAUUUUAGUCAAAAAAUAGGGAUUUUUCCAAAUUGUUUUGUUGGCUCACCGAGAAGGGAUUUAGAACUAUUGCGAUUUAAAAAAGACCAUACCAAAUCUGACAACGCAGAAUUGAUUCAAAAAAAUGAACAAUUCGAAACGCUACUACAAAAGUCUUAAACUUAAACAUAUCAGGUUUGGCUACCAUCUUAUUGGUUGCGCAGUCACCAAAGACCCUUUCAGUCACCCCUUGCUUCGAAGAGGGCUCGAACUCCACCUUCUUCUCGCCAGCCUCCUACCAGGUAUGGAGAACAUCCUGCAAUUGAGUGCCAUCUCCUCCUUGCCUUUUAGGUUGCAGCGUUGAAUGGGCAGACUAUGGACAUCUGCAGUUGUUACAUGAGUUAAACGAAUUUUCCGAGCAAAAAUCCUAAAAUGGAAUUUCUGCUAACUUUUAUCAAAAAUGAGAAAUUCAAAGCUUGAGGUGUAAAUCUCGAUUUCACGCUAUGAAGUUGUCCGCUACUCUAAGCAUUACCUGCAGAAUUCAUGAGGUUUCUCUUUCCCUCUCUGAACCCUCCUUUACCCUUGAGAUAAAAUCCAAUCCUGAAAAUGGAUUUGAGCAAGGUUCUAUAUAUUACAUAAAUUGCUUGUCCAGCAUUGCUGCCCAUUUCUGGGUGUGUACAAAACCUUUCAGAUAUAAUUGAAUAUGUGCUUGAGGCUGCCUUUCCAAAAACGCCUUAUUUAAUUCCUGCUACAAAAGUCAGAAGCCGAAGUACGAAACCAUAUUCGAGUUGAACAUCAGCUUAAGCUUCACAUUGAAUCAUCACAAAAUAGAAUUGAUGAGCUGGAAAAACUUAACGCACAAUUGAAUAGGAAAAGAGAUGAUGGAAACAACUCUGAUAAAAACGCUGAUAAGGAAGUUGAUAUUAAACUUAAAGAAUUUGAAGAGAGGCUCCAAAAUGAGCUAAAAAAAGUGGCAUCUAAACAAAAAGAAAAUAAAAAAGAGGUAAAUGAAAAAAUUGUUAAAGAAUUUGAACAACAGUUGCAAAAAUACGCUGAAGAGCUCGAAAAAAAAGAUAAAAUUAUCAGCAGGCUAAAAGAAGAAUGUAUGAAACUGAAAUCAAAGCUGGAAGAAAAACUCGAUGAAACUGAAAAAUUAAAACAAGAAAUUGAACGGCUAAAAGUAGCAGAUAAAAAAGCAGAGCCAAGGAAUCCUGUAAAUAUUGAAUAUUUAAAAAAAAAACUUGAAGAAAAAGCAGUUGAUCUGAAUAAAAUGCAGCAAAAAAUAAAAGAAAGAGCGAGCAACAAAUCUCCUGCUUUGCCAGCCAGCAAAGAGAAUCAGCCUCAUCCGUCAAAAGAUAGGUCUAGAAAUAGCCGCAGAUCUACAGGAGAAGCUGAAUUGUUAAAAAGUAAUACAAUUGAUUCCAAAAAAACCAACACUGAGUCAACACCCCAAAAAGAUAAUACUGCGAAAAAGUUAAAGAUGGCACCAAAAGGGCAUAUAAGAAGUUUCUCAGAUCAAUUAAGGCCGCAAACAGCGCCCAAGCGAGUUGGGCAUUAUUAG